UCUUGUGUAAGAGGGAGAAGAAUUCACGAACUUUGUUUUUGCUAUACUCUAAAAUUUUCAUAAUGUGACUACUACCGUUUUUCCCCUGUGCCCUUCAUAUAUUUUUGUAAAACAAAAAGCACAAAUAUUUUAAUUUAUACUAAAAAAAUUGUUUUUGGUGCGGGCUGCAGCCUAUGAAGCUUGCGCUUAAAUACGGCCCUGAUACAUAUGAAUAUAAUUAAAUAUACCUAUAUAUACAUUAGAUUUUAUACAACAUUGGUUUCGGUUGAGUUUCCCUACUAUUUUUUUUCAUAUUAUAGCGUAGCGUGCCGACUGUCGUGUGGUUUUAUCACACCACACACUAUCUCAAUAUAUUUUGUAAUUUUUGGUAAAUGGAAAGGGAAUUGACAUAAAAAUAUGACCCGUAUCAUCAUGUUUAUUUAUAAACUAGUGUAAUUCAAAAAUAAAUUUCAUGUGUAAAUUGAUGACCUAGUUAAUAGAAAAAAGUUAAAGAAGUUACAUUUCUUCAUGUUUUGUCGUAAAAAGCUACUGUGCAGUAUCAAUAUUAUUCGAUAUAGUAUAAGUAAAACAAAUUUAAAAAACAGAAACAUGAGUCAAGGAGAUUCUGCCAAGGCUGAAUUAAAAAAACGAUUGUCACCAAUACAGUAUCAUGUUACCCAAGAAAAAGGAACAGAAAGAGCUUUCACUGGCAAGUAUAAUAAAACUACAGAAGCUGGAUUGUAUACUUGUAUCGUCUGUGAUGAACCAUUGUUUACGUCCGAGACAAAAUUCGAUUCGGGUUGUGGAUGGCCAGCAUUCAAUAAUGUGAUAGAUCAAGGCAAAGUAAAAUUAACGUCAGAUACUUCAAAUGUUGGAGCAAAUUUGCUGUUAUUAAUAAACAACCCAGGUAUGAUCAGAACUGAAGUACAAUGUAAGAAAUGUGAUGCACAUUUGGGGCAUGUUUUCAAAGAUGGUCCACCUCCAACCGGUCGCAGGUUUUGCAUUAACAGCGCAUCAAUGAAUUUUUAUCCACAAACCAAAAAUGAAGAUCAGUCUUAACCUUAACCUCAAGAAAAAUGAUGCUGAUUCAACUACCUGCUGGGCAACUUUUUACUUUUAUCAUUCAAUUUUAGUCAACAUUUUUGCCAAUGUUGUAAUAACUAAUACUUAAGCUUGACAUUGUCUAUGGUUAACUUGCUACUAUGCGUAAUUGAAAAUGUUGUGAUCUAAAAUUUAAGAUUAUACACUUAUAACAUAUACUUAUUUUGUGUCAUGUGAAUGUAUACUAUGUACUAUAUUUUGACCCGGGUAUGACCGUGACAAUUUAUUAUUUAUGUAUAAUAUAUAUAUUUUUGAAAUCUGCAAAUAUUGUUAAUUUUGUCGAUAGUUUUUUUCCAUUCAGUAUAUAAAAAAACAAUAGCAUUUUUUUAAUGUAGUGUAUACUUAACAAUAAUAUAUACAUAUUUUAAAACUUAAA